AUGGCUAUGAAGAAGCAAGCAUCUCUACUUUCAUUUUUCACCAGAAGUCCAAAUCCGAAAAACGCGUUGCAAGAUGAAUCCAUCGGAAAUCAAACGACUAGUUCUACUCCUCCCAAAGUUUCAAAAAUGCAGAAGAAUAUUAAUGGGGACAAUGAUAUCCGGAUGGAAGAUGUCACUAAAAGUCCACAUUCGAAAAGAGCAUCAAAUGAAGAGCUAUCAUUAGUGAAAAAGUCAUGCAAAAAACGUCGCCGUGUGGUGGUUUCAUCAGAUUCAGAAGAUAAUGAUGUUGAAAUGAUGGAUAUGAAACAUAAUGAGGAAAAUAUAAAACAAAGCAUAAGAUCUAAGUCGAAGUCUCCUGAAAGUGAAAAUUGUUCUUCGGAAACCAUAUCUUCAAAGCAUGAUGUGAGCGAGAUGGCUAUAUCCUUUAUCAAUUCAUUUCGCGCCACAGAGCAGGAUUCAUCUGUGUCAUCAAAAUUAGAUCGUUCAAGUGAUAGCGAUAUGCCGGAUGAAAACGCAUCUCCUGCAUGUUUGGAUACUGAGACCGAUGUUGAUUCUAUGCGGUUUCCUCAUUUAGACUUCGAUUUUCUUCAACCAGAUCGCAUUCGGGAUGCAGAUAAACGUUUGCGUAGUCAUCCAGAUUAUUGUCCGCGUACUUUAUUUGUACCGGAUGCGUUCAUGAAAAAGCAAACGCCGGGACAUCGACAGUGGUGGGCAGCUAAAUCGGCUUAUUUUGAUACAGUAUUGUUUUUUAAAGUUGGAAAGUUUUACGAAAUGUAUCACAUGGACGCUGUAAUUGGAGUCGAAAAUUUAAACCUCAAUUACAUGAGGGGCAGUUUUGCGCAUUGUGGAUUUCCAGAAGUUGCUUACGGUCGUUUUGCUGAUCAGCUGGUUAAUCGAGGAUAUAAAGUUGCCCGUGUGGAACAAACCGAAACACCAACGCAGUUGGAAAAUCGAAAUAAAAGCGAGAAAGUUAAUGACAGAGUUGUGAAGAGAGAAGUGUGCAAUAUUACUACCUCGGGCACUCGGACAUACGGAGUACUUGAUGGAAAUGAUGAUGAAAACAUUAUAGAUGUGAUGGACACAACAGCACGCUACUUGUAUGCUAUAGCUGAAAGGGGUACAGAAAAUGUAGAAUAUGGUGUCUGUUUCGUUGACACUACCGUUGGUCGAUUUUACAUUGGCUGCCUCUCAGACGGCAGUAACCGUUCUGCUCUGAGGACAUUAUUUUCCCAUUAUCAGCCAGCCCAGAUUUUAUAUGAACGAGGGCGAGUUUCGGCAUUAACACUGAUCAUAUAUAAUACUACUGUAAAUGCUGUGCCAAAAGAGGCGCUGGUUUCGAAGAAGGAAUUUUUAACAUCCGAAAGCACUUUGAAGCUGUUAUCAAGUGAUAAAUACUUUGGCGAAUUAUACGAUAAGUGGCCUGUAGUUUUACUCAAUAUGAUCGAUAGAGAUAGUCUUCCCUUAAAAUGUAAUCCUACGUACGAUGCAUGCGUCUCAGCUUUAGGAGCUAUUAUUUGGUAUUUAAGGAGGUGCUUUAUUGAUGUUGAUAUGAUUUCAAUGCGAAGGUUUGAAUUAUACAAACCUUUGAAUCUUGAGGGAGUUCUAGAAGAUGAGAAUGAGAUUGAUGAAAAAUAUUGGAGUGGACGCCGCCUUAUUUUGGAUAGCCUUGCUUUGAAACAUCUCAAUAUCAUCCCGCCUAUUAGUUCAAUGCAGAAAUUUACACUGUGCGAUCCAAUUACAGCAAAAUAUGCGCUUUAUAAUGUUAUUAAUAAAUGUACUACACCGGCAGGUAAACGUCUUCUUCGACAGUGGAUUUGUGCCCCUGUUUGCGAUCGGAAGAUCUUAUGUUCACGACAAGACGCAAUAGAAUGGCUUUCUAAAGCGAGAUUGAAGAGAUUUAUUGAUAAAGCUGUGGAACUGUUACGCAAAGUACCUGACCUGGAACGCUUAAUUCAAAAAAUACACACAUUAGGAUUGAAGUACCGAGCGGAAGAGCAUCCUGACAGUCGUGCACAGAUGUUUGAAACAAUGCGUUACAAUAAACGAAAAAUUCGAGAUUUGAUCCGAGCACUAGAAGGUUUUGAGCAUGUACAAGAUCUUCGUAUAGAAUUUAUGGAACAUUUUGGCAAGAGUCAGGAAACAAUUCCUUCACUGUUGGAACGUUGCUUUGGUUAUCAGUUUCCCGAUAUUUCGGAAGAUCUUCAGCAUUUUAAAAGUGCAUUCAAUCGUGAUAAAGCUCUAGAAGACGGUAUUAUCGUACCAGAAAAAGGUAUAAUUAAGGAAUACGAUGAUGCGAUUAGUAACGUAAAGGAAUGCAUUCAUGAAUUGGACUUGUAUUUGAAUGUCAUCAGGAAGCAACUGCAUUGUUCUAACAUCAAUUUCUUUGGUAGCGGACGAUCUCGUUACCAGCUUGAAAUACCAGAAGAGAUUGCUAUGAAUUUGAGCCAUGAAUUCGGACUUAAAUCCUCUCGAAAGGGAUACAAACGGAUGGUAACGGAUGAGCUGGUGAACUUAGUUAAAAAUUUGGACGAAGCCGAAAAUCAGCUUGAUAUCUUACGGCAUGACAUCAUGCGGCGUAUAUUCGCUGAUUUUGGCGACAGAUCCACCAAAUGGACAAUGGCUGUUGAACGAAUGGCCACAUUCGACGUACUUCUUUCUUUAACUCGUUAUGGUCAAGACUGUGGUCUAAAUAUGUGCCGUCCACAAUUUGUUUAUGAUAGUAAGCAGCCUAUAUUAGAAAUUAAGUCUGGAUAUCAUCCAUCGCUUGCUGCGAUGGCUGCUUCGGGUAGCAGUUUUACAUACAUACCAAACAGUGUUUUAUUGGGAGGAAAUGAACCACCAAUAAUUCUGCUGACAGGUCCAAAUAUGGGUGGGAAAUCAACACUAAUGCGUCAAGUUGGUGUACUGGUUGUGCUUGCUCAAAUAGGUAGCUUUGUCCCUGCGAAUGAAAUGAAACUCUCACCAGUUGAUCGAAUAUUUACAAGGAUGGGUGCAGGUGAUCGAAUUACUACAGGGCAGUCUACUUUCUAUGUUGAAUUAUAUGAAACAAAUUUGAUUUUGCGAAAUGCAACCAAACAUUCUCUUGUUAUAAUGGAUGAACUCGGUCGAGGAACAAGCACUUAUGAUGGCACCGCUGUUGCAUACGCAGUACUGCUAGAUGUAGCAACCCGGCUGAACUGUCGUACUUUUUUUUCUACUCAUUAUCAUACUUUGUGCAAAGCAGUUGAAAAUGUUACGAGCAUUAAGGCAGCACAUAUGGCUUGCAUUGUUGAAAAUGAAAGUGCUGAAGAUCCAACAAUGGAAAAUGUUACCUUCCUAUAUACGCUAGCCGAUGGGAUGUGUCCAAAAUCUUAUGGAUUUUUUGCUGCUAAAAUUUCUGGUCUCAGGGCAGAGGUUAUUCGAGCUGCAUCUAUUGCUUCACGUCAUCUUGAUGAAAGAAAAACACGAAAGGAACGUAUUGCGGAAUUACGAAAACUUGCACUGAAUAAGGAAUGUAGCACAGCACAACUUAGGGAAACAAUUAAUUCAAUGUUCAUUUCAUCAUGA